CGACGCAAAGGGGAGCACCGCAAUCCGGCCCGCCAACGGCGUGCCUCCACCUCGGCCAGCCGCCGCCACGUCAGCGCGUGAUCGGGGAAAAGCGGCCUGGCCACCAUGCUUCUCGCGGUCUCGCCGCGGUCGCGGGCUUUCCCUCGCUGCUCCAAACAGUCGUCCAGGACAGCCCCGGAUCCCGUGACAAAAGAAGCGUCGCCAAUUCGCCAUGGCCCGUGGCCAGCGGCGGCGGAGGCGGCGGAGGCCGGAGCCGCGGGCGAGGGCCAGUGGCAAGGGGAAGAAGGCCAGGUACCUGAGCCUCAGCGACCUCAUGGUUAAGGCGGAGGUGGGAGCGACGCCGCCGCGGUCCGGGUGCGAGGAGGCGGGCGUGAAGCCUGAGGAGGAGGACGCCCGCGGCGACGGGCAGCAGCGGCAGGUGGAGCCGUUCGCGCCGCACCACCACCACGAGGCGUCCACCCUGUUCGAGGCCCUGCCGGCGCCUUCGCUCUCCGACAUCCUCGGCCCGUCGCCGUCGCCGUCGCCCGACGGGGCCGGCUCCGGGGCCUCGGGGCUCCCGGGCGCCGACGAGGAGGACCUGCCGCGCCGCGCGCUGCGGGGCAGGGAGCGCUGGGUGUACUGCAGCGGCGACUCCUCGUUCUCGCCGGCGUCCACGCCGCCCGCCACCGCCACGGCCACCACGUCGUCGCCGUCGCCGCCGUGCUCGUCGUCCGCCGCGAGCACGGGCGCGUCGGCGCGCUCGCUGCUGCUCAAGCUGGAUUACGAGGAGAUCCUCGCGGCCUGGGCGGACCGGGGGCCGCUCUACAUCGGCGCCGGCAGCGACCUGCAACUCGACGCAGCGCAGGUGGCUUCGGGGAGGGCGGAGAGGGUGAGGCGGUACAAGGAGAAGCGGCGGAGGCGGCUCUUCGCGAAGCGGAUCCGCUACGAGGUUCGCCGGGCCAAUGCCGUCAAGCGGCCGCGGUUCAAGGGCCGUUUCAUCAAGGAGGAGGACGACGAAGGCGAGCUCCGGCCUACACAGCCUGCCUCCUUCAGUUUGCUUCUUCCAUCAUCGCCAGCCUCGUCCCCGUGUGUAUCACUGCAUGGCAAAAGAACUCGAUAGCUAGCUGCGAUACGUACAUGUAUCUUGUAAAACAGUAACCAGGAAAAAAAAAGAAAUUGCUACA